AAGUUCUGGCAGAGGCACUGUCUACUCUGUAGAGGAUAUGUGGUCAGCAGAUAGAAUGGACAGAAUCUCUGAUGCAACAACUGUUCUUAUGCUCCCAAAUUCUCAGCCAAUUUGAACCUAAAUACGCUUCCGUAGUUCCGUAUUCUGCGGCACCCAUUUCAACGACCUUCUGUAGGGAUUUUCUUGUUCCAACUUCGUCCAUUUCCUCUUCUUCUCCUGCGUUCUCAGUCACAAAAUUCAGUUCUCAAUCCCUCCCUGUCUUCCCCUUAUAAUUCCAAUCAUUUUCUACGCAGCUGGGUUUCUACCUCUCUCAGUUUCCUCAACUGGGCGUCCCUUAUUUUCCGCUAAAAUAAUCACUAACUUGUUGUGAAGCAUAUUAAUUACUGCCAGUUCUCUGAGGCGAAACCUCGAACACAUACAAUGGCAUCUAUGGGAUCUCUCCCUUUUACCAUUGAGACAAAGUCAGACAGCUCCAUGCUUCUUCACAGUGCAAACUCUCGCCGACCCAGGUUCCUGUUCUUCGCAUACCGGCCGAGAAAGCCGCUUGAUUCUUCUGGAAAUACCGGUUUAUCAUUUGGGUAUUCGAAAGCUGCGGGAGAAAAUUAUGCCAGUUUAUCAUUAAGCUGUGAUAGACUGAUAGGUGGAUGCAGCAGAGGACAGCAACGGAGAAUUACGCGUCCGAAGGCGACGGGCGGGGGCUUUGUGGUAGGUGAGGAUGGCGGCGAUGAUGUGGAGGAUGCGCUUGAGGCCACGAUCGAAAAGAGCAAGAAGGUUCUUGCUAUGCAAAGGGACCUACUUCAACAGAUCGCUGAAAGAAGGAAACUGGUUUCAUCUAUAAAAAGUAGCAUUAUAAAUCAAGAGGAUAAUGAAGUUUCUUAUGAAGAAAGGGGCAAAUCUUCUCCAAAUCUGGAUCUUGCUUCAGCCAGUGACCGUACUGUUGAUGACCAUAAUAGCAGUAUUGCUUCCAGCAGCUAUGCCCCUUUGGCUGUAGAUGAGGUGCCAGAAACUCUAGAUUCAGAUAGUAGUGGUUUUGAUGAAGUUAAAAAAGAAUCUGGAGAAGUGGCACUUCUCAGUAAAACUUCCUCUGAUGAAGACACCACCAAACAAUUAAAAGACUUUAAUUCAAAAAAAGUUUGGUCAGAUGGGCUGCCUUCUUUUCUUUCGAGUUCCUCUGGCUCUGAGACUUCCAGUGUAGCAGAUGAAAAUAAUGAAAUUUCAAAUAAAACAAGUUUGACAGUGGAUGGUAAGGCAAAUGAUCCUGUGACUGAAGACGUCAAACCCCCUCCUUUGGCUGGGGCCAAUGUUAUGAAUAUUAUAUUGGUAGCUGCUGAGUGUGCUCCAUGGUCUAAAACAGGUGGGCUAGGAGAUGUUGCUGGUUCUUUGCCAAAGGCUUUGGCUCGGCGUGGACAUCGGGUUAUGGUAGUAGCACCGAUGUAUGGGAAUUAUGCUGAACCCCAAAAUACAGGAAUUCGGAGGAUUUAUAAGGUGGAUCGGCAGGAUAUGGAAGUUAAUUACUUUCAAGCCUAUAUCGAUGGUGUGGACUUUGUCUUCAUUGAGAGUCCUAUGUUUCGCCAUUUGGAGCAUAAUAUAUAUGGAGGAAAUCGAAUGGAUAUUUUAAAACGCAUGGUAUUAUUUUGCAAGGCAGCUGUUGAGGUUCCUUGGUAUGUUCCAUGUGGUGGUGUCUGCUAUGGAGAUGGAAAUUUGGCUUUCAUUGCAAACGAUUGGCAUACAGCAUUGUUGCCAGUGUAUCUGAAGGCGUACUAUCGGGACAAUGGUUUAAUGCAAUAUACGAGAUCCAUCCUUGUAAUUCAUAACAUAGCUCACCAGGGCCGGGGGCCUAUUGAUGAUUUCACCUAUGUCGAUCUGCCGGAACACUACAGGAAUCUUUUUAAAUUUUAUGAUCCUGUAGGAGGUGAGCACUUCAAUAUCUUUGCAGCUGGUUUAAAGACAGCAGACCGCGUGGUUACUGUUAGCCAUGGAUACUCCUGGGAGCUUAAAACUCCUGAAGGUGGUUGGGGUUUGCAUGGUAUCAUAAACGAGAAUGACUGGAAAUUUAGGGGUAUUGUGAAUGGGAUUGAUACAAAAGACUGGAACCCACAAUGUGAUGUUCACUUGACAUCAGAUGGUUACACAAACUACUCCCUUGAAACACUUAAAACUGGCAAGCCUCAGUGCAAGGCUGCCUUACAGAAGGAGCUUGGUCUGCCCAUCCGGGAGGAUGUCCCGGUGAUCGGUUUCAUUGGGAGACUGGAUCACCAGAAAGGUGUUGAUCUAAUAGCUGAGGCAAUCCCAUGGAUGAUGGAUCAGGACGUGCAACUAAUCAUGUUGGGCACUGGCAGACCUGACCUGGAGCAGAUGCUCAGGCAGUUUGAGAACCAACACCAAGACAAAAUCAGGGGCUGGGUCGGUUUUUCUGUGAAGACGGCUCACCGGAUAACUGCUGGUUCAGAUAUUUUGCUCAUGCCAUCAAGAUUUGAGCCUUGUGGACUGAACCAACUGUAUGCUAUGAACUAUGGGACAGUUCCAGUUGUGCAUGCUGUUGGUGGGCUGAGAGAUACCGUGCAACCUUUUGAUCCAUUCAAUGAGUCAGGGCUUGGGUGGACAUUUGACAGUGCUGAUGCAAGUAGGCUAAUACAUGCAUUAGGAAACUGCUUAUACACAUACCGAGACUACAAGCAGAGUUGGGAAGGACUCCAGAGACGAGGGAUGAUGCAAGACCUGAGUUGGGACAAUGCUGCUCACAAUUACGAGGAGGUCCUUGUUGCUGCCAAGUACCAAUGGUGAGUGUUUUGUAUUUUGACAUUUACAAUUUUAACUUCUUGCAAGCUCUAUCGAAGUCGGCUCACGCAUCUGGGGCUCGUCGGUGCUUGGAAAAGAAACUGUGAAUUGUUUUGGGCGUAAAUAUCGUUGGAAGAUAUUCUUUGUUACCGUUUUUGGGACUGGCCAAGGAGUUCCCUUGCGUGGAUUAUAUGGGCCACUUGACCUUCUAUUUUUUACCUUGACUACAAUUAAUGUGUAACCAAAGGAAGUGAAAUUCAAUGUUUCUUGUUGGUAAAAGAUGGGAUGAAUAAUGGCCAAAUGCAAAGGCUGACAUUAUGUUA